UUAUUUUACUACCGAUCAUCCUCUUCAAAGUCAAGGGCACAUUCGUCAUUCUACGAAUAAUAAUAACAUUUCAGUUUCUUUCAUCUCUCCACACUGAACUAGACAAAUUCUCCUUCUCUCUCACCCACACUUUAUCAGAGGCAGAGCUGCCAUGAAAGUAGCUUUACAAGCUCUCGCGUCACAUUACACACUUUUUUGACUUCCUCUUCGUGGAUAAAAAUGGGUUCCUUGGUGGAUCUCAACCUCUGCCCGGAUUCUUCCACUCCUUCCACCUCCGCCGCUGCAACCACCACGACCGAUACUGUACUCCGAAUUCCCAAGCUUGAACCUAUAGAUCCUUCUUUUCAAACCUACCCACCACAACAACAAUUACAACUACGAGAACUAACGCAACCAACACGAGAUGCUCUCUUUUCCGAUUCUACCCCUGUAUGCUCCCUUGAUUUGCAGAAUGCCCCGCCCUCCCAAAUUCCUGAUCAAGGCAGUCUCGACUCUGAGUUCCACCGCAUCGCGGAGCCAACACAGAAUGCUCUCUUUUCCGAUUCUACCCCUGUAUGCUCCCUUGAUUUGCAGAAUGCCCCUCCCUCCCAAAAUCCUGAUCAAGACAGCCUCGACUCUGAGUUCCACCGCGUCGCGGAGCUAUUUCGUGCAGCUUUUGCAAAACGGCUUCAGAAGUACGGAGACGUGGAGGUUGUGGACCCCGAUUCUCGUGCAAUCGUCCCUGUAAGUAGUGGGCAGAAUGCAAUCGCUGUUCCUCGCUCGGCACGGAAGAGGGCGUACCCGAGGUCCGGUGAGCUUGUGCGGGUGGCCGACAUGAGCAUCAAAGAUCAGCUGUUAUUUCGAGAUGGGGUGCGCCGCACUCGGAUGAUUUAUGAUGUACUUCGAAUACAGUCCGUGGUGGAAGAGGAUAGGCGCCGGGGAGAGGACUUGGGGAGGCGACCCCGUGGCGAUCUCCGUGCGGCGUCGUUGAUGCGUGAUAGAGGGUUAUGGCUCAAUCGUGACAAGCGGAUUGUGGGGUCCAUUCCAGGGGUUCAAGUUGGGGACAUUUUCUUCUUUAGGAUGGAAUUAUGUGUUGUUGGAUUACAUGGGCAACUCCAGGCUGGUAUUGACUAUGUUCCUAUCAGCCAAAGCUCCAACGGGGAGCCUAUUGCCACCAGCGUUAUCGUUUCUGGUGGCUAUGAAGACGAUGAGGAUGCUGGGGAUGUGAUUGUUUACACAGGGCACGGUGGUCGGGACAGUUUUUCAAAGCAAUGUGAGCACCAGAAGUUGGAAGGUGGGAAUCUUGCAAUGGAGAGAAGCAUGCAUUAUGGGAUUGAGGUGAGAGUGAUCAGAGGUUUCAGAUAUGAAGGUAGUAUAGGUAACAAGGUUUAUGUAUAUGAUGGCUUAUACAAGAUUCUUGAUUGUUGGUUUGAUGUGGGCAAGUCCGGUUUUGGGGUUUACAAGUAUAAGCUUUUGCGAAUUGAGGGACAACCUGAAAUGGGGAGUGCAAUUUUGAGAUUUGCUCAGAAUCUAAGGACCAAUCUUGUAGCCACUAGGCCGUCAGGUUAUCUUAGUCUUGAUAUUUCAAAUAGGAAGGAGAAUGUGGCUGUUUUACUUUUCAAUGACAUCGAUAAUGACCAUGAGCCUUUGUAUUACGAGUACCUUGUGAGAACCGUGUUCCCACCAUAUGCUUUUAAUCAAACAAGUAAUGGACCUAAUGGUACUGGGUGUGAUUGUGUUUCUGGCUGCACUGAAUCUUCUGAUAGUUGUGCUUGUGCUAUGAAGAAUGGUGGUGAAUUUGCGUAUGAUCAGAAUGGGAUUUUAUUGAAAGGGAAGUCAGUGAUAUUUGAAUGUGGGCCAUGUUGUGCAUGUCCGCCAAGUUGCCGGAAUCGUGUUACUCAAAAGGGGUUGAGAAACCGAUUGGAAGUGUUUCGCUCGAGGGAGACUGGAUGGGGGGUAAGGUCACUCGACCUGAUACAAGCUGGUGCUUUUAUAUGUGAAUACACAGGGGUUGUUCUCACAAGGGAACAAGCCCACAUUUUCACAAUGAAUGGUGAUUCUUUGAUUUAUCCAAAUCGUUUUUCUGAACGUUGGGUGGAAUGGGGGGAUUUAUCGCUUAUCUUCUCUGCUUAUGCACGUCCAUCAUAUCCUUCGAUCCCCCCAUUAGACUUUGCCAUGGAUGUAUCCAGAAUGAGGAAUGUUGCUUGUUAUAUGAGCCAUAGUUCAAGUCCAAACGUGCUGGUACAGUGUGUUUUGUACGAUCACAAUAAUGUAAUGUUUCCUCACCUUAUGCUUUUUGCGAUGGAGAAUAUUCCUCCUUUGAGGGAGCUUAGCCUUGAUUACGGGGUGGCUGAUGAGUGGACCGGGAAGCUUGCUAUUUGCAACUGAAGAUGUUUGAAGAGGUGUUGGGUAUUUUUGUCUAUGUUGUAGCAUAGUGCUCCGAGGACAUGACAUAUGAGUUCUUUCUUGGCUGGCUUGUAUCAAAGGACUUCGGUGGUAAAUCCUGUACUUACAAUCGAGUGAACCAGCUUCAGGGAACUAAUACUUAGUUUAGCUGAGUAAAUUGAGCUGCUUAAGUUUGGGACCAGUUGAGUUUUCAUAUAAGAAUUUACUGCUUAAAUUGCAGAAAGAGCCUUAAGCAAUGUGAUAGAUAGAAACGUGAUGCAUCUAAUGCAGUUCAUCCUGAAAUUUUGUUGUCCUUCUCCUUUGCGCUAUGAGUCGAUGCUACAAAUGUGGACAUCCUAUUGGAUCACUGACUAGGCUUCACCUGUUAUCCACUCUGCCCCUUUGUUGUUCUUUUGUACUUGAGAUCUAAUGCGCAAGGAAAUGUUCCUAUCUGACUGGAAUCGGCUCAGCUAAGCAGUACCUGGGUUAAACGGCAGUAUAAAGGCCUUCCAUGCCCAUUUUGGCCAAAGCCUUGCGCGCAUGAUUCCACCGGCAGUACCCUCCAUCAGGUUCUGUGAGUUUGUAUGCAUUACUAUGAACCUUUUGUACUCACAAAUCUUGUCUCUGUAUAUAUGAUGAACAUAGGAUAAAGUUGUACAGGAACUGUAUAAAUGAAGUGAUGUUGCCAAUCCAGUAGUUUAAUCUUUAUAUAUA